CAGAUCAGCAGACUCGUUUUCCUGCUUUUCCAUUUCAUGUUUUGUAAACAAACAUAACCUCGAAUAUGGCGAAUACGAAAGAUUUUUUUCUAACGGUCACACAGCGAUUAUUCAGUAAUUGGACCGCGUUGAAGCUUGCUGUGGAACAUGGGAUGGGACCAAAAAUACGUGCGAUAGAAUUUUGUCCAUACGUUACAGAAAUAAUGUAUAUGAAUGAAAAGUUGGAUAACGAUGAAAUAGCAGCAGAAUUGGAAGACUACAUGGACACAAAUUUUAGUACAGAAUUGGAGGACAACAGUGCAAUUCAAGUAGCAAACGAAUUGCUACGUUUUUAUAAAUAUUGCAAGGAGGGAAACGAGUUGAUAGCGUUAGAGGAAUUAUCAAAACUGCCAGCACUUCAACCAUGGAUUAUGACCAGUGAACCAAUGAGAGAAAGGCAUGUGCGAGCCUCACGAACAGAAAACGCAAAUGAAUCAGAUUCAGAGAGCGAUGGAUCGAACGACCACAAAAUGGAAACAAUGAACGAUGAUUGGGUGGAGGUAAAGACAAGGAGAAAAAAAUAAUCUCAAAAUGUGAUGUAUUUGAAUUUUCACAAAAACAAUAUAUAAAUUUAUAUAUAUAGAAAUAAUUAUAAUUAUUAUUACAAGCGCACUUUAAUGUUGAUUGCUUAUUCGAA